AUGGAGGCAUUCGCGCUGCAGCUCUUGCUGUGCAGCGUCGCCGCCAGUGCCGCUGCCGUGGCAGUGCCGGGUUUGCCGCAUGCCGCCGGUGUGCCGCUAGUGCACGGGGGUGCGCGGUGCUCGUCGCUGGUGCUGCAGGAGUCUGAGAAGCCCAAGUCGUCCCUACUCCCUAGGACAAGCUCGCCGAUGCAAAACACUGCGCAGAAGAAGCUCGCAUGGCCGUACAUCGCCUCGGCGUUUGCGCUGGUUGGCCUCGCGUCGGGAGGGCUCAUAGAGGACCAGGUCGAGGAGCUCUUCCGGCCGAUCACCUCCAAGGGCGGAUGGGCGGGCGCGCUAGGCAUCAGCCCGCCAGGCGUCGAGGAGGCCAGGAAGCUCAAGAAGGCCAAGGGCUACACCAUGCGCACGCCCUCGCCUCCCGAGAUGAUCCAGGCGGGCAUCUUUCCGAGCAGUAGUCAGCUUGCCUAGGACAAGGACCGUUCGCGGCCGACAUCGCCGACUCAUGACUGGUAGCGUGCGUCCGAGGGCUUUUCCUCGGAGGCCCCACCCUUCCCAGAUAGAGUAGUGCAUGUGCGGCCGUGUUUCGGAGUGCACACGUGUGUGGGUUGGAGCCGAGGCGCACUUAGUAUGCACUCCGGAGCACGGCGCAGCUGAAUGAA